AGCAGAAGUGUGCCAGAGCUCAAAUGUGUCACAUCCUGAACCUGCGGAGUGCGGAGGAGCGCUAGUCAGUGAGGGAACAAAAGAGCUGGGAACCAAAUGAUGGGGAUAGCCUGAUAUCCUCAAUCCUACAAACAAGAUGUCAAAGCGGCCUCCCUAUGCCCCAGCCCCCACCCCGGCCCCCACAACACAAAUGCCCACCACCCCUGGGUUUGUGGGGUACAACCCAUACAGCCAUCUGGCCUACAACAACUACAGGCUGGGAGGGAACCCCGGCGGGAACAACAGGAACUCCUCCGGGAUCACCGUUCCUAAGCCGCCCAAACCGCCCGACAAGCCACUGAUGCCCUACAUGCGGUAUAGCCGGAAGGUAAGCAGGAAGGUUUGGGACCAGGUUAAAGCCUCUAAUCCUGACCUGAAGCUAUGGGAGAUUGGGAAGAUCAUCGGUGGCAUGUGGAGGGACCUCACUGAUGAGGAGAAACAGGACUAUUUAAAUGAAUACGAAGCCGAGAAGAUCGAGUAUAAUGACUCUCUGAAGGCCUACCACAACUCUCCAGCCUACCUGGCGUACGUCAAUGCUAAGAACCGCGCGGAGGCUGCUCUAGAAGAAGAGAGCCGGCAGAGACAGUCUCGUCUAGACAAGGGCGAGCCCUAUAUGAGCAUCCAACCUGCUGAGGACCCUGAUGACUAUGACGACGGGUUCUCCAUGAAGCAUAUAGCGGCAGCUCGUUUCCAGAGGAACCACCGGCUCAUCAGUGACAUCCUGAGCGAGGUUGUGGUGCCCGACGUUCGCUCCGUGGUGACCACCGCUCGCAUGCAGGUCCUCAAACGCCAAGUCCAGUCCCUCAUGGUGCACCAGAGGAAGCUUGAAGCAGAGCUGCUUCAAAUCGAGGACCGGCACCAGGAGAAGAAGAGGAGGUUCUUGGAGAGCACAGACUCCUUCAACAACGAGCUCAAACGGCUGUGCGGUCUGAAAGUGGAGGUGGACAUGGAGAAGCUGGCAGCUGAAAUGGCUGCUGCAGAGGAGGCGGCUCGCCGGAGGGCAGAGGAGAGGGAGCGGGAAGCAGCAGAGCAGGUGGAAAGAGCCGCUCAAGAAGAGCAACAGCCUGCCGACGGCACCCAGGCCAAAGCCAACCCUGAACAAACCUCUGCCAGCGAGGCCAAGGAUGGAGAAGACAAGUCCUCCCCAAUGGAGACGGAGUCUCUGGCUGAAGCUUCUGAAGGAUCCCAGGAGGCUGAGCAAGGACCCCCAGCUGCAGCAGGAGACAAACCGGCCCAACCUGAGCCUGCAGAGGGUGCUACAGACGAGGGCACCAGCGACAGCACUGCUCCGUCUGAGAGCAGCUCUGGACCCCCAGCAGAACCCCAGGCCUUGGACACCCCUGAAGAGCGCCUGCCCACCCAGACACAAUAACCCCAGCUCCUAAUCUUCAUGUUCAUUUACCAAGUCUCACUUUGCUUUGUGUUCAGUCAGUUUGUAAUCAAACGACCAGUCAGACAGUGAGUGGUAACAGUGAAAAAUGUUUUUUUUUUUUUUUUUUUUUUUUUUUUUUUUUUUUGAAUGUUCUUCAGUUAAAUGUUUUGGAAGGACGGCAGAAUCUUAAUUGGAGUUCCACACACAUUCAGUCAGGCACAUGUUUACUUGAUCUAACCCUGAUGUUACAAGACCACUUGAGUACUCGAGCUACAGCCAUUAAAAAGCUGUUUUAUCAUUGUAAAGUGGGGAAAUGUUAAGUAAAAUGUAACUCAUCCUUCAGUCAUCAGUUUUUUUAUAUAUUAUUAUUUUUGUGAAAAGCUGAAGUGCACAGUUAUUUGCUGACACUUAGCAUGUUUUAUCUUCCUGUGGCAUGAUUAUUUUAUUCUAUAUCUUUGUUUCAUUCUUUCACAAUUUAGUUGAGUCUGUUGGAUGUAGUGUUUUUUUUUUUUUUUGUACUUAAAAUAAAGCCAUGCUAGCACUCAUGAUUUUCCAUUGCAACAGAUUGACUGCACAGAGCAGAUAUCUACAUGGAAAGGCAUUACAUUAAGCCUCUGGAUUAUUGUUUUUUGUAUUGUUGGAAGGUAUUCCCUCAAUAAAGCGAUUUCUAUGUCUGUUUUAAA